CAGUCUAUAGGACUACAAAGUGACGCACGAGUUCAGACGCCUCUAUAAUGCGACUACCCAUAAUGCCAUCUUUCUCUCUUUCCCUGACUCGCCACGAUGAAGGUCGAGCUCUGCAGUUUCAGUGGUUACAAGAUCUAUCCGGGCCAUGGCCGACGAUAUGCCAGGAUCGACGGAAAGGUCUUCCAGUUCCUCAAUGCCAAGUGUGAAUCUGCUUUCCUGGCCAAGAGGAACCCCAGGCAGAUCAACUGGACUGUCCUGUACAGGCGGAAGCACAAGAAGGGCCAGUUGGAAGAUAUUGCCAAGAAGCGCACUCGUCGGGCUGUAAAGUUCCAGAGGGCCAUUACUGGUGCCUCCCUGGCUGAAAUCAUGGCUAAGAGGAACCAGAAGCCUGAAGUUAGGAAGGCCCAGCGGGAGCAGGCAAUAAGGGCUGCUAAGGAAGCAAAGAAGGCUAAGCAGGCAACCAAGAAGACUUCAACUUCAAGUGCUAAGGCCCCGACCAAGGCAGCUCCUAAACAGAAGAUCGCCAAGACGAUGAAAAUCAAUGCACCUCGCGUUGGAGGAAAGCGCUAAGCCGCUGGCUCGUCUUCUGGUUGUUAAUAAAAUACUCAAAGUAA